AUGUUAGCCGCUAGUUCUUAUUAUGGGGUUAUUGAUGAGAUAUGGGAAAUUAGUUACAUUAAGUUUACCGUGCCCGUUUUUAAAUGUAAAUGGGUUGAUGGUAAUAAUGGUGUGAGGGUGGAUGAUUUGGGUGUCAUAUUGGUUGAUUUCAGGAGAGAGGGUUAUAAAAAUGAACUGUUUGUCAUGGCAUGCCAAGCAAAACAAGUCUUUUAUGUUUCUGAUCCGAGUGACCAACAUUGGUCGGUGGUACUCCAGGGUAAACGACAACUUGUUGAUGAUACUGAUGAGCCAAGUCUUGAUAUGUAUGAAUUUCCUUCAUUAUCACCAAGGUUGUCUGUAAUAAGCGAAGAAGAUGAAGCAGACGAUGUCCAUGCCAUACGAGACGAUCAUCAUGAAGGAAUUUGGGAAAACAUACCCAUGAAUGCAUAG